AUGGAAAAUGUAAAUAUUUUUCGUGCACAAGAAAAGCGAUAUAAAUGCCCCGGUGAUCUAGUACCAGAUUUAUCAGAAGUACUAGACACAAGGGAUCCAAAUUCUUACGGAUACGAUUGCUUACAAACUAUACGUCCGGAUGUUUUCAUAUACUCCAAGGUUCCUGGGUUAAUCAUUUUGAGAAAUUGUGUUUCACCUCACUUGCAAAAAUAUUUACUAGAAGAAAUAAUGUUUGGGCAAUUACAGGAUGCUAAAAACAAAACAAAUCUUUCUCCUUUUUACAAACUACCUUUGGAAACGGACAGUAUUUGGAGACGGUACUAUGAUGGCAAAGAAAGUGACCUCGUGGAGGGGAUCCCUCCUACAAAACCAGCUACGGUAGACAGACUCAUUCAAAAAAAACUCCGUUGGAUUACCCUUGGUGAACAAUAUGACUGGACAGAGAAAGUGUAUCCUGACCCAUCGUUGUCUCCUCCUUUCCCCAGAACGCUGGCGAAUUUCGUUGAAGAUCUCGUGCAAAGCUACACAGACUACCGGAAAUGGAAAGCCGAGGCUGCCAUCGUAAAUUUUUACUCUCCUAGUGACACACUCAGUGCCCACGUUGACAAAUCCGAAGAAGACCUAACACUUCCUCUUAUUUCCCUUUCUAUAGGAUUAGACUGUAUUUACUUAAUUGGAGGAUCAAGUCGCUCUGAGGUUCCAAUGGCUUUGCGAUUGCAUAGCGGAGACGUGGUGAUUAUGGCAGGGCCUUCAAGACAAGCAUUCCAUGCUGUGCCCAAAAUUCUUGCAUCAACGACUCCUUCUCAUCUAUUAACAGAAAGCGAUCAAUGGAACCGUUGGAUUCGAACUAAACGCAUUAACUUUAAUAUUCGUCAAGUACGAAACUCGUAG